AUAAACGCUGAACUGUUUGAGCUGUCUCCAGAUGGAAGUAAGUGGUUAAUGGUUGACAAUCGCAUGAUGUACAUCUCCGUUUAUCGAAAUGAAAUGGAUCGAGUUCGAGUUACUGCAGUUUCACAAACAGGCAAAACAAUGCUUGACACAACCCUCGGCAAAGGUGAGCUGUAG